AUGCAGGCGGGAGCAGCAGCAGUGGAGGAGUUCUAUGUAGAAGAUCAGCUGCCGCAGGGCCGGCUGGUGAUAGCGCCAGUGCAAGAGGCGGACGUUGGGGCGGCGUCGGUCCUGCUUACCCGCGCAUUUGCAGCCUCGGCGCAAGGCGUGCACAUCACAGACGGGCGCAAGUACUGCAGGGACAGCCUGUCGCAGCCGCCACACGGGACGUCGCGGGUUGUGGCCACUACAGGGCUCUCCUUCACGCGCAGCACGAGAGAAGACUUCCCCAGCUUACAGCCACCCGAUGCCGAUGCAUACAUGAUGAACAUGGCUGUCGACAUGUCGCAGCGGCGCCAGGGACACGCCCGCCGCAUGCUGGCUGCCGCCGAGGCGCUGGUUGCGGCGUGCGGCUUCCCAUCAGUCUACUUGCACGUCCGGCUGAGCGAUGAGCCGGCGCAGCAGCUGUACCGCACGUCGGGGUUUGUGGCCGUUGAGCGCGACAAUGUGGUGCUGGCCAAGGUGCGGGGCAUCACGCCGCGCGCGCUGCUGUGCAAGCAGCUGUGA